UGAAAGCAGUGGUCAUUGACGAAUUUGUUUUUUUGUGUGUGUAUAUUUUCUUUUUUAUUUUCUUUAAACGACGCGCCCAACUGCCCGCGCAAUCUGCAGCAUCGCAAACAAUUUUUUUUUAAUGUUUUAUCAAAGUGCCGCCUCUCGCUGUGACCCCUCGUCGUUGCCGGGCAUGGCGGACAGCGUGGCAGCGUGUACGGCGGGCAGCGGCGUUCACUUCGAUCUCUCGCAAAUCAUUUCCCUGUCCGACAGCAAUGACGACUCGCUACAGGGCCUGCUGGAAAAGCUGCCCCAGCGCCCACCACUCGCGCCACGCAAGCGCACGACCAGCCAGAGCAAAACUGAGCCGCCGCUGCUGCGCACCAGCAAGCGUACCAUCUACACGGCCGGUCGGCCACCUUGGUACAACGAGCAGGGAGCGCAAUUCAAGGAGGCUUUUGUCAUAGGCCUAUGUGGUGGGAGUGCUUCUGGGAAGACCACUGUAGCCAAUAAAAUCAUAGAGGCCCUGGAUGUGCCAUGGGUCGCCCUGCUUUCCAUGGAUUCUUUCUACAAGAUUUUUAGUAAGGAAGAGCAGGAGAUGGCUGCAAAGAGUGAAUACAACUUUGACCACCCAGAUGCGUUUGACUUUGAACUCAUCAUCAGCACUCUCCGUAAGUUGAAGAAGGGAAAGAGUGUGAAGGUGCCCAUCUACGACUUCACCACGCACAGUCGGAGGAAAGAAUCGAAAACGGUGUACGGAGCAAAUGUAAUAAUAUUUGAAGGCAUCCUGUCAUUUGCAAACAAAGAGCUCCUGAAGCUGCUCGACAUGAAGGUGUUUGUGGACACCGAUUCGGACAUUCGUCUCGUGCGGCGCCUGCGGAGGGACAUCACGGAGCGCGGGCGAGACAUCCACGGCGUCAUCAAGCAGUACAACAAGUUUGUGAAGCCGGCGUUCGAGCAGUACAUCGAGCCCACCAUGCAGCUGGCCGACAUCGUUGUGCCACGAGGUGGUGAGAAUAACGUUGCCCUUGAACUCAUCGUACAGCAUGUUCACUGUCAGCUAGAGAAGAGGAAACUUCGCUGGGAUAUGGCAGCACUAGCGUCCGCCCACCAAGCGCAGCCUCUUCCAGAGACGCUCAACGUGCUGGAGAACUCGCCGCAAGUCCGCGGCAUGCACACCAUCAUCCGAAGCAAGGAUACAAGCCGAGACGAGUUUAUUUUCUACUCCAAGAGACUCAUGCGACUGUUAAUAGAGCACGCGUUGUCAUUUUUACCGUUUCGGGACAUGUCUGUGGAAACGUACCAGCAAACAAUGUACGAAGGGCGCAAAUUUGAUGGAAAGCGCAUCACGGGGGUGUCAAUCCUGCGCGCCGGCGAGACCAUGGAGCCGGCGCUGCGAGCUGUGUGCAAAGACAUCCGACUUGGCAAGAUCCUCAUCCAAACCAACCACGCCACAGGCGAGCCCGAGCUGCACUACUUGAGGCUCCCCAAGGACAUCAGUGAAGACCACGUGAUGCUCAUGGAUUGUACAGUCUCCACGGGAGCUGCUGCAUUGAUGGCCAUCCGCGUUCUGCUGGAUCAUGACGUGUGUGAGGACAAGAUUUUCUUGGUGUCACUGCUGAUGGCGGAGAUGGGCGUACACUCGGUGGCCUACGCUUUCCCCAGCGUCAAAAUCAUCACCACAGCCGUGGACAAGAAAGUCAACGACAAGUUCCACAUCAUUCCCGGAAUAGGUAACUUUGGAGAUCGGUACUUUGGAACGGAUGCGCCGUCCGAUUGGUGUGGGUAUUACGAGGAUGAAGACGAGCAAGACUUCUAAAGGGAAAGAUGAAACAAGACGCACUGCAUCAUCCAAGGCGUCGACUACAUCUCUUUUCCAAUUCAACCAUAAAAUGUUUGUAUGUAACAAAAACAGAACGCACAAGCAACUGCGUGAAGGGGCUAUGAUUGCCACUGACAAGUACAAUGUAGGGUGUCGUAUGUAAUCCUAAAAACAACAUGCAGGUCUAUUGUCAAGUCAAAUAGUUCACACAAAUAUCUCACAGUUGAACACGAUGUAGCACCAUACCAUCUCAUUACCCACUUCCCCUGUCAAGCUACAUCACAGUCCGUCAACAGCACUAUACUGCUGCCCAGUAUCCUGCUAUCGAAGUAGUACCCUUGCUUCCUUCCAGCCUCCAACUUGUGAUCUUUUCGUCCAGGUAAAAAGGGGAUAUCUAGUUGAAAGAAUCUUGAGCAUAUACUAUGGAGUCCCCUUGGUCUGCUUUCUAUUUGUCCUAAAAUAGGACCUGUUUUAACUUGCGAUCAUGUCUGCUCAGCAUAUUCAGCAUAGCAUUGUAAAUAAUAUUUUUCUCCAUAGGGUGUAAUUUAUAAGCAUGCUGUUUGGUUAUAGUAUGUAUACCUUUUGCUGGUUUCAGAGGCUGUUAAUUUUACCUUCACUUCGAAUUGGUACAUGGUAUACUGUUGCAGCACUUUGCAUGUUUGUUUUGCUUUAAAACUAAAAUGUUGCUAUUGCUGGUUGAUUGGUUUGAGUAAUUUACAAAACGACUAAGAAACAUUGUGCUCAAGUCAUGUAUUGCAUUUUUAAUAAAAAAAGGUUUGGAAUA